UUAAGUUUUCCAGAUCUUAGUUUUAAUUAAAGUUCAUAUUGUCUUUAUUUUUAGGGAAAAAAAACGAAGUAACAAAUAAAUAAAUAGUCUGAAUGGGUGAGAACAACCAACAAGCAACAAAAGAUCUCCCCAAACUCGAAACUAAUACAGUUGAACGAUUGCCACCACAUCCAGUUUGCAUUUUAAAAUCAAAAGAUGAUCACACUUUUGAACUUGAUAUUGCAGCACUAGAAGGUAUACUUUUACAAAAGAAUGUUCGAGAUAAACAAGUUGUUGUAGUAUCAGUUGCUGGAGCUUUUCGAAAAGGAAAAUCAUUUUUGUUAGACUUCUUUUUGCGAUAUCUGCAAAAAAAAGGUGCUGAUGGUUGGAUUGGAAAUGAUGAAGAAGAGUUAACUGGAUUUAGCUGGAGAGGAGGUGCUGAAAGAGAAACAACUGGAAUAUUACUAUGGAGUGAACCGUUUUUUUCAGUGUUGCCUAGUGGCGAGGAGGUUGUAGUUUUAAUUAUGGAUACUCAGGGUGCUUUUGACAGCACAUCAACAGUGAAAGAUUGUGCUACAGUUUUUGCAUUAAGUACAAUGACAAGUUCUGUACAGGUUUACAAUAUAUCUUCAAAUAUUCAAGAAGAUAAUCUACAACAUUUGCAGCUAUUUACAGAGUAUGGUCGGUUGGCUCUUGCAGAAAGCAGUUCAAAACCAUUUCAGCGUUUGGAAUUUCUUGUGCGUGAUUGGAGCUAUCCUUAUGAACAUCCUUACGGAAAUGGACAAAGUUUUCUUGACAAAAGAAUUUCAAUUGAUAAUGAACAACACCAGGAAUUAAAACGAUCUCGCAGUCAAAUUACAAGUUGUUUUGAAAAACUUGGCUGUUUCCUAAUGCCUCAUCCUGGAAAAAUUGUAGCAAGCAAUCCAAAUUUCAAAGGCAAACUUAAAGAUAUCGAUGAAGAUUUUAUAGAGUAUCUUUCAAUAUUUGUUCCAUCCUUACUUGCUCCAAAAAAUUUACAAGUUAAAUGUAUAAAUGGUAGUGAUGUUACUUGCCGUGGAUUAUUAGAAUAUUUUAAAGCAUACAUUAAAGUCUUUGAAGGUGGUGAAUUGCCAGAACCAAAAUCAAUGUUGCAGGCAACAGCUGAAGCAAAUAAUCUUGCUGCAUUAGCUGCUGCAAAAGACCAAUAUCAGAGGGACAUGGAACAGUUGUGUGGAGGAGAUACACCUUAUCUUGUUCCAAAAGAGUUAGAUAAUCGAAGCGAAAUAUAUAAAUCAAAAGCACGCACUCUUUUUAACGCCACACGUAAGAUGGGUGGUGAUGAGUUUUCAAAGGAAUAUGAACAGCGACUUAUACAAGAAAUUAACGAACUUUUUGAUGGAUUUGUGAAAACCAACGAUAGUAAGAACAUAUUUAAUGCUGCUCGAACUCCUGCUGUCUUCCUAGUUAUUAUUGUUUUAUCCUAUAUGACCUCUGGAUUUUUUAUAAUGCUUGGUCUAACGUCUCUUGCUUCUGUGUUUAACAUCAUUCUUGGUCUUGCUUUAUUGGCCGUUGUUGCGUGGGCUUAUAUACGAUUUAGUGGAGAAUUAAGAGAAAUCGGUAGUCAGUUGGAUGAUAUUGCAGAAUGGAUUUGGGAUGAGGUGAUGAUGAAGGUUUAUGCAUUUGCGCUGGAACAAGGCACCCAAGCAGUUAUACAUAGGCAGAUAACUUCUUCCAAGAAAAGAGAAUGAUCCUUUGUUUACAAAAAUGUAUUUUUUUUUUACUAAUUUAAAAAAGUAGUUGUAAAUGA